GCGACUAUGGAAAUAACUGUCAGAGAACGGUAUUCUGCUCUGGCAGUUAUCGUUAUUGGCUCGCAGUUCUAGUUCUCUGGCAGUUAUCGGGCUACCACCACAGGUAACGUGGAAGCUGGUAACGGAAUAACUGUGUGUCUAGACGUUCCUGACUCGGUGACUUCAGUUAAAGGUCGUAGAUCCCGGUGUUAUUUCCAGAGAGGGUAGUAACUGGAGCGAACAAAUAUUUUCGUACUGCUACGGGCCAUCGGGGAGAGGGGACGGCAAAUAACUGGAAUCUGACAAGCGAAAUGUGGUCAUAUUUCGAAACUCUUGAUCGAGAGUUUGCGAAAUGUACUUUGUGCGGUAAGAAAUUAUCGUACAAAUCGACGACGACGAAUUUAAAGAAACAUCUCCAGAAAUCACAUUUAAUUGUGAAUUUCUCUUCACAAAGACCUUCGGAGCUAGAUUUGGGUGAAACCCUUCCUGUAGAGGUGAUCCUUGGCACCAGUAGUGUGGAAGAGGAGCGAGCUGCUCCAGCCCCCUCAAUGCAGCAAGGUGUUCAAAGUUCUAUGACAUCGUACCUCUCCAAAAGGAUCGGAGUGAACCAGAAAAAGAAGAUAGAUGGGCAACUUCUUCAGCUCUUCACUAAAGACUUCCAACCAUUUUCAGUCGUUGAAGAUUCGGGGUUUUGUGCGGGCCCUUAAUCCUGGUUAUGAGUUACCAAGCAGGAAGCAUAUUUCAGAUGUAAUGCUGCAAGCAGCAUACACAGCAGCAAAGGAGAAAGUGGUAGACAAACUGUCAGCUGCGAAGACAGUUUGUUUGACCACAGAUUGCUGGACAUCGGCAGCAAAUGAAGGUUACAUGGCGGUGACAGGGCAUUUUGUGUCUGAAGAUUUCACCUUGCAAUCUGUGUUGUUAGGAUGUUCCCAAUUCUCUGGUGCACAUACUGCUCCGAAUCUGUCGGUAUCUCUAAUAGGCACGACAGAUAAUUUCAGGCUGACAGACAAAGUUUUGCUGGUUGUGACGGAUAAUGCACCAAAUAUUAAAAAUGCAGUAUCCAUUUUAAAGUGGAAACACUUUGGGUGCUAUGCACAUACACUAAAUCUUAUUGUUCAGAAUGCACUAAAACAUUUUGUGUCAAUUCAGCAGAAAGUGAAAACUAUUGUAGCAUUCUUCAAGAGAAGCUGCAAGGCAACAGAAAGACUGCUGACAUACCAACAAAAUAAUGGGGCAGGUCAUGUUAAGAAACUGGUGCAGGAGGUGCCAACAAGGUGGAACUCUACUCUGUGUAUGUUGGAGCGAAUAGUUGAAAUUAAAGAUGCGGUGAAGACUUCACUUGUACUAUGCACAGUUGAUUUUGAACAACUGACAGACGAGGAAUGGAACAUCUGCUCAGAACUCUGCUCUGUGUUGAAGCCAUUUGCACAUGUUUCAACACAGCUUAGUGCUGAGUCAUAUCCUACUGGCAGCCAAGUUAUUGUUCUGACAAGGGGAUUAUUAUCAGUGCGUGCAGAACUUUUGAAAAGGCCAUUUAACAGUGUGACAAGGACUAUCAUUGAAGAAUUAACAAAAGGCCUGAAGGACCGUUUCCACAAUGUAGAGAUGAGCAAAUCUAUAGGAGUAGCCACUCUACUAGAUCCACGCUUUAAAUCUCUUGUGUUUGAAAGCCGAGUUGCAGCAGAUAAUGCAAAGAAACAGCUUAUUGAACUAGUAGCACAAAAGAUGGGUGACAGAAGACUGACAAACACAGGCCAGAGCCAUGAAACUGUGUCAACUUCAACCACCACUGAUCCCUUGUCAGUAUGGGGUGUCUAUGAUGCAAUUAUAAAAUCAACACAGCCCCAGGGCACUCCUCAGUCAGCUGCUAUUGUGGAAGUACAAAGGUACAUGGACAGCCCAGUUAUUAGUAGAAGUGAGGAUCCACUGGCAUGGUGGCGUGAAAAUCAAUAUAUUUUCCCAAAUGUUGCUAAAGUGGUGAGGAAAAAAUUCAAUAUAGUGGCCACUUCUGUGCCGUGCGAAAGAAUAUUUUCUAAAACUGGUAUCAUUAUAAAUGAAAGGCGAACACGGCUGAAGGCGUCCAAAGUUGAAAAACUUAUAUUUCUAAAUAUGAACAGCACUAACUCCUGAAUUUCCUGUUACAGGUAGUGGAUUCGAGAGGCACACCAACACCAGCAGAUGAGUCUCCGUUUAAUACUUGGGAUAUUAUAACAGUAAGUUAUAGCUCCAGAAGUCAGUCACCAGCAGCAGAUGUCACACAUUUAUAAAAUGGGAAACUUGAAGAAUAAGCUCCAGAAGUCAGCAGCAGCACACAGCCAUAAUGCGAGAAGCUUGAAGAAUAAUGUGGUAGUGGUUUGAAUACUUAUGGCUCCGAUAGUCUUCCAGCAGCAGCAAAUGUUACACAGUCCUAUAGAGGCAAACUUGAAGUAUGAGGUAAUAGUGUUUUGCAUAGAAUGGCAAACUUGACCUUUCACUUAAAAUGGAGGUACAUUUGCACUGAGUUUAAUGUUAUGACACGUGAAUGGAUUACCAGUGAUGUAUAUCAGCAAUCAUCAGAUUGCAAUCCAGUUUAGUACCUGUGAGGCAUGAGAUGUCAAAAAUACUUGUGGGUUAUUGGUAGCCUGUGUCGAGGCAUGUGGCACCUCAAAGUUUGUAAGUACAGUAGCAUUUUGUUUUCUGCUUUACUUAAAAAUUGUUAGCUGUAGCACCCAUUCUGACAUUUAAUUAUUUUGAAUUUCAAGUUUCUUAAAAUAAUACUGACAUCAGUUUCAUGUGUGUUAACACUAAGCCAUAUAUUAUUGUUAAUAUAUGCUAUUUUCCUCAGAUGUUAACUGAAAUUGUUUUAUUGUAAUGAUAACAACACUUCAGCCUUUGUAGACUUGCAGUAUAGGUUACCUGCUGAGAAAUAUUUACUGGAAGAAAUGGUUUCUUUGAAUAGGACCGAAAGGAAUACCACUGAAAAUGCCAAACGUGAAUUGGUGAAACAUCUUGUGCUCAAUACUAAUUUCAUUUGGAAAACACAGAAGUUUUCCUAUCUUUGUGGUGGAACACAACAAAUUCUCAUAAUUUUGCUAGUUUGUAUUCUAGAAAGGGUGCCAGAAAAGGAAGAGUAUAAUUUUUAUUAAAUCGGGCAUUAAAUGUAAGUAGGUUGGAGUACAGAAAGGGUGCAACUGGCCUUUCCCACUGUAGCCUGAUGUGCUCCAACAUGCAUUUGUACUGAUGUGCAGGUGGUUAUAACACUAGUAUCAAACUGCAUGGUACCCACUUACUAAUGUGACCUACCCUUGCAUGAUCUGCUGCAGACAGCAAGAUAUCCGGUACUGCUCUUACUACCUGUCCAACAGUUGUGGAGGAUUUUUUCCCCUUGGUGCUUGCCAUGACAUGUUUUGCCCUCUGCCCUUAAAAUCUCAAUUCUUGUUACAUUUUUCAUCCAUUUUCUAUCUCCUGAUGGACCUGUAUUGAUUAAAAAGCUAAUCAAUGUAGAGGUGAUUGUAAAACUUUUGCUAGUGGUAGUGUGGAGGGGCUCCACUCUUUAAAAAAUGAAAUUACAUUGUGGGACAUGGAAUUAUUAUUAGAGGCUUUCAUGGACAUUUUGUUUACUGAAAAAGUCAGUCAUUAUCUGAGGUAUUUAAAUGUUAACUUCAAAUAUAAAACUGCAUUAAAAGAUAAAUUUCAGUAAGUCUUUAACAAGUUUCAGUAUCUUGCUUCACAUGCUGGACCCUCCAACUAUAAAAAAGUGUUUUGCAGAGAACAGCUAUUCAGAUGUUAACAUCCCAGAAUUUGUGUAAAAGAUAUCCCUUACAUUGUUAGUUUCAUUGUGGUCACACUCUACAGUGUAGUUUUAUCAGCAUACAUAUAGAAGUUUGAAGAACAUAUUAAAUUGCUAGACAUGCCUUAAGUGAAUAUGUUUACUACUAAUGUGAGUCAGCUAAGUAGUUGCUGCAAGUUUUUAUGUUGUUUCUAAAGUGUCUUUAGACAAGGAUAUUUCUGCUGUUUGUUUCCUGCUCUUCUGUUUCAGAUAACUUCUCAUAUAUGCAGCAACUGCUGAAGCAGCCUCUGGCAGUUUAUUGAAGUUCCGUGAACAAAGUGUUGUGUGGUCUGUUUGUGUAAAGUGAUAAAGAAAAAUGUUAAAGUGUAAUUGCAUAUAUAUUUAAUCAUUAUUUUUGCUAGUGGUAAGAUCUAUUUUCAUGUAAAUCAGAACAUUGUACAAUAGGUAACAACCGAAUGAGGCAGUGUAGCUAUUAACAGCACUGACCUCAUAUUCGGGAGGAUGGGGUUCGCUCUGUCUGGCCAUCCUGAUUCGGGUUUUCCUGGAUCGCUAAGGCAAAUGCCGGGAUGGUUCCUUCAUCAAGGCCACGGCUGACCACCUGUCCCAACCUUAAAGAGAUCCUUUAAACAUUGUGUGUAUUCCCAAAUUUUGAAUUAUUGAUGUUUGUUGUAUUAUGUUGAGAUAUUCUUGGAUGAAAUAAAAAAGUUUAUACAUUUGUA